AUGUCUUCUCCAAAGCGAACCAUUCUUUUCAUGACCAGCCCAGAGCACGGCCAGUCAAACGUUGCACUUGCGGUAGCCAGUGAAUUUGCAACCCGGGGCGAAUAUGAAGUCCACAUUGCAUCCUUUAAGGAGCUGUCGAGUCGCAUUCAAGAACUUAACGAGGAGGUCGAAUACUAUCGAGUGAUUCACUUUCAUGCAAUUGCAGGGUCGUCAUUGUCCGAAAUCACGGCACGACAAACAGGGGAAUUGGCCCAUCGCCCAGGUAUGGCAGGAACUCUUGAUGGAUGCUUCAAGAUAAACGUCUCCGUACUGGGAUGGAAGCCCGAAGAAUAUCUGCGAUCAUAUCGAAGUUGCCUGGAUAUACUGAAAGAAGUGAGCCCGGUCGUUGUGGUAUCUGAUCCGCUUUUGCAUCUUGGCCUGGAUGCAGCUCGCAUUCUCCGCAUGCGCAUUGUGAUUCUAUGGCCGGUGCCUCUCAAGGACGUCGUCAUAACCGUUCAGCCCAAGGCUGGGAUUCUUUGGAAAUAUCCUCUGACUGGAUCGGGCUAUCCUUUUCCCAUGCCCUGGAAUUUGAUCAUCGCCAACGUAUACAUGGUUCUUUGCUUCGGCUUCGUUGUUUGGUUUGGAAAGCCCAUGCGCGAUCUCCUCAAAAUGCGCAAACAAGCUGGUAUCCGGACACCGUUCCCUCAUAUAGAGCCAUACAGCAAAGGUGACCUGCAUCUUUCGCCCUGUUUUCCAGAGAUGGACUUUCCGCUCUAUGUACCCGACAACGUGAUCAGCUGCGGGCCAAUCCUCAAACGAGCUUCAACACUUGCAUCAUGCGAUGUCGCCUUGCAUGCUUGGCUGAAGCAACCGACAAUCUUGAUCUGUCUGGGAUCUCACGUUCAAGGACCGGAAGAUGAUGCAUUGCAAAUGACCAAGGCUAUACAGGUUGUUCUGCGUGAAUUCCCUGAUACCAAAGUUUUGUGGAAGCUCAAGUAUGACUGGGAAAGCUCACCAAAAGUCAGGAACCACCUUGGCUCUCUUGUGUAUGCCAAAAAGGUGAAGGUCGUCACUUGGAUCAAACCAGAGAUCAUUUCGAUUCUGGAAAGCGGACAUGUCGUUGCAUAUGUUCACCACGGGGGAGCAAACUCCUUUUUCGAGGCCUGCAAGGCUGGGAUACCGCAGGUGGUCCUCCCGCAAUGGUUUGACACGUACGACUGUCCAUCGCGGGUAGAGUGGCUUGGAAUCGGGUUACAUGGCAGUCGCAAAGUGGCGCCAAGAAUGGCAGCGUCUGAAUUGUCCUCGGCGCUGCUGCGAGUUCUCAAAGACAAGGGAAUCCAGUCGCGGGCCAGGCGGAUCGGGGAAAUUUGCAAGGCAACAGAAGGUAGGGUCUUCGCACACGAUCAAAUUGUGCAGUAUGCACAGAAAUGA